GCUUCCGCGCCCCCUGGCGCCAGGCGCGCUCGUCGCAGUUUCCCCGGCACUGGCCCAGGUGCCUCCGCGGGCGGUUUCCCUGGGAACGACCGCCGGAUACCCUGCGGGACGUUUCCCGAAGGAAGAGGCGACCUCUGGGUAACUUCCAGCGUGUUGGGCUCGCUAGGAGUCGGAAGAAGCACCUUCACUAUAUUAUAUUGCUGUUUCCAAUGCAGUAAUCUCCUAGUCUUAAUCUCCUAAGGACAGUAAAAGAAGAAGAUGGAGAAAAGGAAAGAAAAAAAAGAAAAGAAAGAAGAUGAGAGGCAGCAUUUCAGGUGGAUUGGCAGGAGAGGGCACUCAUACCCCUACCCUGAAUUCCCUAUUUAAAUUAGCAAAGGAUGCAGAAACUCAGAAGAAAUGUAUCACAGAAUGCAGGUAUGGAAAGAAUGUGAAGUCAGUACUCAAGGGUCUGUCUGUCUUUUAGUUCUUCCAGAGUGCUAAAAAACCCAUACCUCAUAUGGAAAACAUUGCCUUUUAAAAACUAUUAUAUGAAAACAAUUUAUAUGAAAAAGAUAGUUUUAAUGUCUGAAUAAAAGUAUAUGUUCACUUACUUAUUCCCUAGAUAUUUCUGAGUGUCUCUAGAUGCUAAGCACUUUGCUGGACACUGGAUAUAAACCAUAAUAACCAUGGCAUGUGUCCUCAUGAAAUUCACAUUUAUGAGAAACAGUGGGAGCCUCUCUGGACUCUUUUAAAAUUUAUUCACUCAAUGAGGCACUAUUUGAAGAACUUUAUUUUCAUCAGCAAACAAAACCAACAGCUCUCUACCCUCAUGGAACUUCUAUCCUAGUAGAAUAGAAUAGGCAGACAGUAAACACGAUAAAUGUGCUAAUCACGGGGUAUAUUCAAACCCCAUAAAUGGUGUAGAGAAAAUGCAAAAGCCAAGCAGGGUAAGGGGAUCUGGAGUGCUGUUGGGAGGGUGGCGGGCAGGGGCAGUAAGUAGUUUUAAGUAGGGUGAUCAACUAUUGAGAAGACAGUUGAGCAAGCUUGGAAGAAGUGAAGGAGACCCUCAGAUAUCUAGAGGAAGAACAUUUCAAGCAGGAAGACCCACCAUCACCAAGCCUUUAAGCUUCAACUAUGCCUGAUGUGUUUAUGAAAAAAAAAGAAAAGGACACAAGUGUAGAAGAGAUUAAUCCGCAGCUAUCACUGUCAUCAGUGGGCAAAUUGGCAUAAACAGGCCUCCACAAGUGGAAAAACAUUUAACCCUUCUGCUUGUUACACUCUGGAUCCUCUCAGUAGCCAGAAAACAGAAAGAAAAUCUUACUGUCCAUGAGCGAAGGGUAAAACCAAGAGUGCAGCACCGACCUGAAGCAUCUCUUCAGGCGGAGCCUGAAAUUUGAAGAUUUUCUUUCCUGUUGGAGACUCCAAAUAAAUAGAAAAAAAGCUAUCCAAGAUGACUGUCACUUACUCCAGUAAAGUAGCAAAUGCGACCUUUUUUGGAUUUCAUAGGUUACUUCUCAAGUGGAGAGGCAGCAUCUACAAACUCCUAUACAGGGAAUUUAUUGUUUUUGCUGUUCUUUACACAGCAAUAAGUUUGGUGUACAGAUUGUUACUUACAGGAGCCCAAAAACGUUACUUUGAAAAAUUAUCAAUUUACUGUGACAGAUAUGCUGAACAAAUUCCAGUAACCUUUGUGCUUGGAUUUUAUGUUACUUUAGUAGUGAACCGAUGGUGGAACCAGUUUGUGAAUCUGCCCUGGCCUGACAGGCUGAUGUUCCUCAUCUCCAGCAGUGUCCACGGAAGUGACCAGCAUGGACGCCUUCUCAGAAGGACACUGAUGCGUUAUGUAAAUCUCACAUCCCUGCUCAUCUUCCGCGCUGUGAGCACGGCUGUAUACAAAAGGUUUCCAACAAUGGACCACGUAGUUGAAGCAGGUUUUAUGACAGCAGAUGAAAGGAAAAUAUUUGACCACCUCAAAUCUCCUCAUCUGAAAUACUGGGUUCCAUUCAUCUGGUUUGGUAAUCUUGCAACUAAAGCCCGAGAUGAAGGUAGAAUCAGAGACAGUGUUGAUCUUCAAUCAUUGAUGACUGAAAUGAAUCGAUACCGCUCUUGGUGCAGCCUCUUAUUCGGUUAUGACUGGGUUGGGAUUCCACUGGUUUACACACAGGUUGUCACUCUUGCUGUCUACACCUUCUUCUUUGCAUGCCUGAUUGGACGCCAGUUUUUGGAUCCCACCAAAGGCUACGCGGGGCAUGACUUAGAUCUUUACAUUCCAAUCUUUACUCUCCUACAAUUCUUCUUCUAUGCAGGAUGGCUCAAGGUGGCUGAGCAGCUUAUCAAUCCUUUUGGAGAAGAUGAUGAUGAUUUUGAAACUAACUGGUGCAUUGAUAGAAAUUUACAGGUCUCUCUUUUAGCUGUGGAUGAAAUGCAUAUGAGCUUACCCAAGAUGAAGAAGGACAUUUACUGGGACGAUUCUGCUGCUCGACCACCAUACACACUGGCAGCAGCUGAUUACUGCAUACCCUCAUUUCUAGGGUCAACAAUCCAAAUGGGGCACUCUGAGUCUGACUUCCCUGGCGAGGAGUGGCUGUGGGACUAUGAGAAGCACGGCCAACGGCAUUCGAUGAUCAGGAGAGUCAAGCGAUUCCUGAGUACCCACGAGCACCCCGCCAGCCCCAAGAGGAGGAGCUUUGGGAGGCAGGCUAGCGACAGCUCCAUGUUAUUCCCGCUCAGCCCAGCUCGCGACCUGCUAGACGUGCCCUCAAGAAACCCCCACAGAGCUUCGCCCACUCGGAAACAGUCCCCCUCCCUCGAGAGCAGUCCCAAGAUGCACUCCAGCAUGGGAGAGCUGUCCACAAUCAGGGAGACCAGCCGGACCAGCACUCUGCAGAGCCUGACCCCGCAGUCCAGUGUGCGGACCUCCCCCACCAAAAUGCCACAGGUCCCCGAGGUACUGGUCACCAAUGCUGAAGCUCCAGAGCCCUCUUACGAAGGCCACCACCAUGACUCUGCUACCUCCAUCUUGAGCUUAGAGUUCACUGGAGUUCAACCCAGCAGGACUGGGCAGCAGGAGGACCCAGCAGGACUCCUGGCCCCCUCCGAAAAGGGGACACCUCCUCUGGGGCCUAUUCCUCAGACUGGUCCAGAUAGCAACGAGAGACAUCUUUUUCUGUUCGAGGAAGACUCAACUGAGGAUAGGUUCCCCAAAAGGUGGAGUCUCCCAGAGUUCCACGAGUCUAACCACAUCUCCCUGGCAAACCUAGGUCCAGAUCCCCUGAGCCCCGUGCCCGCUCUGUUGAUCGACACAGAAACGUCCUCGGAGGCCAGUGGAACCAACUAUGGGGUCGGCUCUGGAGUCUCUCCUGAUAUGCUGUACUUAAUGGAAAACCUGGACACCCAGGAAACCGAUAUCCUAGAAUUUAACAACCAGCAAACGGGGGGAAUGCCACAAAGUUCUAGGACCUAGUUCUAGCCUAGAUUCGUACUUUACCAAAAGCUCAGCAUUAGUCCCAGAAUACCCAAAGGGCUCGUCUUUUUUUUUUUUUUUUUAAUC